AAUGCUUCACCAAACUCCCAACCUCGUUUUCUCCCUCGUCCCUUCCCUCCCUUCAUGGUUUUCCAAACCCCCAAAAAAAAAAAAAUGCGAAUAAAAGAGUCGGUCCUCCUUGCACACCAUUUUACUCACUUGCGGUUGGUUGGUUCUUUCUAGCCCGAAAUCCAAAUGGAGUAUGUCCGAGCAGCCGUGAAGACAAGUCUUCUGUGGACGACAGCUCCGCCUUCAGUGCCCAGAAUACCGCCCAUUCCGACGACUUCUCCGUCGACUCUCAUUCUGUUUCCCCCUCCAUUCGUGAUAUCUCUACGGCUGUCAAGAUAACCUCUUCUCGCCUCUUUUUUUUUUUUUUUUUCUCUUAUUAUCUUAAAUAUUUUUUUUUUCAAUUUAUUCCUGGAUUUUUUUACCUAUCCUAUCUAACCUUUAUUUGAAUCAUAAAUUAAACUUUUAUUCCAACAACUUUCACCCUGCCAUGAAAGCUUCCCUCACAAGUCACAAUCUGAUAUUGUAUGCCAUUCCAUUCUCCAUCUGCCUUCAAGCAUGGAUUCCUCAAUUUCAUUUGCAAGCACACUUGGCCUUUUGAAUUUCAUCCUUGUCCGAUGUUAAGAUGAUGUCAACCGCGCCAUCAAAGUCAAGUUUCGAAGUCCCCAAGUCACAAGCCAUAAACAACCACGCCUCAUGCAUCUCUCUUACUGAGAUUUUCCUUCCAUUGAUCACAGUCUCAAUUUAUCUCUCUCUCGACUCAAUCUCCGUUCUAUUCUUAACGUUAUUCAUAUCUCUCAAAAUUAACCCAAUCCUUACUCUAUUUUUCAUGAUCAUUGUUUAAUUUCUGAACUUUGUUUGGUUGUAAUGGGUCUAUAAUUAGCAACCCCUUCACCUUUCCCUUUAUUUUUCAUUGGUAUUUGUUUGCUCAAAUACACAUGUAAUUUGUUUGAAUUUUUUUAAUAUAAUUUUUAUUCCAUUUACUACUGUAAAUCUUGUAUUUAUUGAUUUAUUCUACUACCUAGGGGGGACCCAAUGGAAAAAUACAUGUGCGUUGCUUUGGAUCUGUCCUUCCCGGUGGGAGAAAAUACUUGACAGGAACAUUUCUAAAGAACAAUUGUGUCAGUGAUCGUCUGAUUCUAGCCAAGGUCAAGGUGCGUGAAAAAAAGACUCAAAUAUGUUCUCUCGCAAUGUCUUCCUCUGAGUCUUGUGAUGGGGAAUCCACGGAAAUGGUUAUGAUUAGUGUUGAAAACAAUCCUUUUAAGGAGACUAAAGAAGGAGGAGCAGAGAGUGAGUUGAAGCUACUAUUGCCUUCUGACUCAUCCAACUCUAUCCCUUCAUUCCCAUACGAUUCUCCUCUAUCUGAACCUGCCCCUUCUUCUCCCACAACUCAAAACCACCAAGUUCAUAUCCAAAGUCCAGAACCCAGCCCGCAGUCUGCUGAGGCCUACCCGACCCACCCAGUGUUGGAGAUAAUUGAAAGUCAAGAUCUUGUAAAGGUUAUGCUAGGGUUGCUUGUGCCCAUCUUGACAGGUCUAAUAACUGCUAGCAGUCUUGAUUCCCACAACACCAUCGCCAUCUACCUGGGCGUGGUUAGCCUCUGUCUUGCUUUUGCUUUCAUCUUCAAUGGAAUCGUUUUGAGAAAUACCCAUUGCCUGUUUCUUCCUCUCUAUAUCCACGUUUCCUUCUGUUUUUGUCAACGUCAUCAACAACAUCAGGAAGAACAAGGCGAAUAUAGCGGCCCCCAAAGAGACAGAUCCUGACAAGGCGAACAAGCCCUAGCUAGGAUCGCAUCUAUAGCCAUAUAUUUAUAUAUAUGCACAGGGGGCAAGGGCAAUGCUCCUUUGUAUUUUUUUUUUUGUUUUUGUAAAAAGUGUGAAAAUUAGUUUUUGCCCCCCAUGUUGAUAAGUCUGGAUUCGUUACUGUAUAUGCUCCACCAUAUAUAUAUAUAUAUAUAUUCAAAGCUGUGCCCUAAGCAACUUGUAUUGCAUCUA